AUGGCGCCCACAAACACCUCUCACAGACAGACACAUAAUUUGCUCUUAAUCUCAAAGCUUCUCAGCUUGAGAGAUACAGCCUCACCGCUGACAUUGGUCUUGGACUCUCUAGAGCAGCCAGCAACACCAUUGACUAAAGAAUAUAUUCGACGUGCAAAGCUUUCGAAAACCCACAUAACAUUGAUCGCAUUCGAAACAUUGAAGCCAUUGGAGGGCGUUGAUGCCUUCAUCUCCGCCCGCCGGAAGACACCUUUGGAGAUCCUCAAGGCAGUUGGCGCCGCUUAUCAGAACGUCUCUUCGAACGGCCCUUCCCGCAGGCGACUCAUUCUCAUUGAUGCCGUCAACCCGCUUCUACAUUCCAAAAAGAACGACCCGAACUUUCAUCUAUCGACAUUUCUGAGCUCCUUCCUGAUUCCGUCGAGCCCCACUGCUCCUAAGGUCGAAGUGUCGCUCGUGGUAAACUUCCAUCAUGAUGUCCCAAACCCACCUGCUCAGUCGCCCUAUGCGCCUUCACCCCUCUCAAUGUUGACAUACCUCGCGACCACGAUUAUCCGACUUUAUUCAUUCUCCCACAUACUAGCCCAGAAAGCCGCGCGUGAUCGGAGUUUGGCCGCGCCUGUCUUUGGUCUUGAAGAAGAGCAGGAUGGUGUGCUGCUCGGCAGAUUGGAUAAGCCGACUGGGAAUGAAUCGGCAGAGGGGAUUGUACUGGAGCUGGAACACCGGAGGAAGAGUGGUCGCGGUGUUCUAGAAUGGUACUUCCUUCCCCCGGCUUCCCGUUACCCUCCCCAACACGUGAAAGAGAUCGUGACUUUGCUGGAUGACCAUCCCUUGUACCGCCCACGAGAGCCCGACACCGGCACUGGGGAAGAGGAGCCCGAAUCGACGUUUGAACUUCGCCUUACUGACAGACAGAGGCGAGAGCGAGAAGGCGUGGUGCUGCCCUAUUUCGAUGCACAACAGGGCGACGGCCCUGGCGAGGGAGGGCGUAUUCUAUACGAUAUGGGAGAGGAAGAUGACUUCGACGAAGAAGAAGAUGAGAUCUAG